AUGACCGCAGAAGAACUGUUCGCUGCUCUGGAGGCAAAAAUGGCUGCACUUGAGAAGAAGUUGGAGAGUACCGAGCAGCCUAAGGCUAAUGAGUCAUCUGAUGUUUCUGUAUCAACAGAGCAGCACCGAGCUCGGGCCAGAAUCGUCAUCAGCAGAGUCAAUAGCGAAGGAGUCCGCGAGGAUAGUUUGCCAAACGUGACUCCAAAAAAGGAAAGCUGUGAGCAGAAAGAUUACGCAUUUACGCUACGUAAGAUUGUUUCCGACGACACGAGCGAUGCCAACGACAGUGAAAUUGAGAUUGAAAGUCCAAAACUGUGGGAGCUUGUGAAGGAAUGCGUAAGAGGUUAUCCCUACCAUAUUUACCAAGGGAAUCUUCCCAAGACCCUCGACGCUCCCUAUGAAGCCAUCAUCUUUAACUGGGACAACCUGCUUAAGGCCAGUCAAAAUCCCAAUGCUGCAGACGAGGUAGCCCGGGCCGACCUCAAGGAACUGUUGGAAGCCAUCGAGAAGGGAACGGGAUCUCCAAGGUUGGACAAUUAUCUACGAAAGAGACGCUCGCUCAAGGAACAAAACUUAAUCACCUUUGAAACGCUAUGGACCCUUUUCCCUCCAGGAUCCUUGGUCUAUGGCAAGGCGUUCCAGGGCCAGGACCAAGUAUUCAUUGUUGAGGAUAAUACCAGUCCUUGGCCAUUGGGGGAUACCUUCCACCUUCGCUGCUGGGCCUACGACUGGGACGGGUCCCAAUUCAAGCGCCUCCCGUUUCGCCUGAAAUUCGACUCAUUCAACGAUGAGAAACCAAUCAACUCUUUACCGUACUAUCCUUUGGAGUUCUAUGAAGACCCCGAAGCGCUCAAGAAAAGAUUGAUCAAGCGAGGUAUGAAGUACAGAAAGCUCUGCACCGCCAAACCAGGAUCGCAGAUGUUUGAAUAUUCUGGUCCGGCUGUUUUCUUAAAGAAAGGAUUCUCGGGCCUUCAGGGCGUGGACGAGCCAGACGGAGAGCUGGAGAGCGAUCUUGUCUCUCAGGAUGUCUACGGCCUCUCUUCGAAACUAUCAACCAGCGGCCGCGCUCAUAAAUCCAUCGAGGUGCGAGGUCGAGUUAUGGUUGACUUUCACUCUUACUUUCGGUACGGACUUGGAGUCGCAAGCAUUGGCGAUCUUGUGCCUGACGAGGGUCACACUGAAUGCCAGUGUCCGAGUUGCCAAGAAAAUAUAUCACUUAGAGCGACCUUUAGAUCUGAUUACGACAAGGCCAAUGCCGAUGGCAGCCAGUGGGAUCCUGAGCAAUUCCUCAUAUGUCCACCGAGGGUGCUGGGGUACAUCUUGCGCGAAAAGCAGUGGGCCCAACUGCAGGUUGACUCAUUGUCAGAGGUCGCGGCAGAGCAUCGCAACGCUUGGUCCGAUGGGCUGAAGCUUGCUAACAAAGCCACGAAAGAAAUGAUUCUCUCGCUAGUUACCGGCCAUGGCCGAGAGGGGUUGGAAGUGGAGGAUAUUGUUGAACGGAAAGGGAAGGGAUUGGUCCUCCCGGGGUGGGCAAGACAUCAACCGCUGAAACGGUCGCCAUCAAGGCUCGAAAGCCACUCUUUGCCAUUAGUGUUGCCGACCGACGAAGCGGACGUGUUUCUCCAGAGUCGAUCGCUGGGUAUUGGCUUUGGAGCCAACACCGAGAGAAACGCUCUAGUUUCCGGAAUCCUGAUGUUGACUACGAAUCAAAUUGCCCAAUUCGACGUCGCUGUCCACUCGCGUAUCCACGUCGCGAUAAAAUACGAUGAACUUAGUGAACAACGAGCGACGUCAAUUUUCAAAAAUUUCCUGGACCCACUGAGGGAUAAGGGAAUGGUUCAGGGUUACGAGGAGAUUAUGGAAUGGAUAGAGAGCGAUAUUCACCGCAUGAAAUUUGAUGGACGCCAGAUCCGAAACGUCGUUACCUCGGCCUGUAGUCUGGCUCGAGCUGAGGGAAAAUCAAAACUGGAGAAGAAUCAUCUCCUAAAGGUGGUGGACAACGUCAAGGACUUCAAGCUCGAGUUCAUUAAACAGUACGAGCACUAUAAGUCGCAGCAGAAAGGAUCCGCUCUGUGA